CCUCCCCCGAAAUCCCACGCCGCGUCGUUUCCCUGGGAUCGUGGCGACAGAAGCAUGGAGGAGAAGGAGAACAGAUGAAGAGAUCCUGCUCAGAAGCGUGAGUGCCCUGGAAGGUUUCAUCAACCUCUUGCAGCCUUAUAGGGACAAGCAAUGCCUGCGGGAAUGAAUAAGCAUGGAUCUCGAUCGACUACCUCUUUGCCUCCAGAUCCCAUGGAGAUUGUCAGGAGCAAGGCCUGCUCCAGAAGGGUCAAGCUUAACGUGGGAGGCUUGGCCCAUGAGGUUUUAUGGAGAACCUUGGACAGGUUGCCACGAACAAGGUUGGGUAAGCUUAGAGACUGCAACACCCAUGAAUCCCUUAUGGAUAUAUGUGAUGACUAUAACUUAGAGGAGAAUGAGUAUUUCUUUGAUAGGCACCCAGGGGCAUUUACUUCUAUCUUGAACUUUUACCGCACGGGCAAGCUGCACAUGAUGGAGGAGAUGUGUGCCUUGUCCUUCAGCCAAGAACUGGACUAUUGGGGGAUUGAUGAGAUCUAUCUGGAGUCCUGUUGCCAGGCAAGGUACCACCAGAAAAAGGAACAGAUGAAUGAAGAGCUCAAGAGGGAAGCGGAAACAAUGCGAGAGAGGGAAGGAGAGGAGUUUGAUAACACCUGCUGCGCCGAGAAGAGGAAAAAACUCUGGGACCUUCUGGAGAAGCCCAAUUCUUCUGUAGCGGCCAAGAUUUUGGCAAUCAUUUCCAUUAUGUUCAUCGUCCUCUCCACAAUUGCUUUGUCACUCAACACUCUGCCUGAGCUCCAAGGCACAGAUGAGUAUGGACAUCCCACCGAUAACCCCCAGCUAGCCCAUGUAGAGGCAGUGUGCAUUGCAUGGUUUACAAUGGAAUACCUCUUACGGUUCCUCUCUUCUCCGAAGAAAUGGAAGUUUUUUAAAGGACCACUGAAUGCCAUUGACUUGCUAGCCAUCUUGCCCUACUAUGUCACCAUCUUCCUCACAGAGUCAAACAAGAGUGUACUUCAGUUCCAGAAUGUGCGGAGGGUCGUUCAGAUAUUUCGUAUCAUGAGGAUACUCCGAAUUCUAAAGCUAGCUCGGCACUCCACCGGCUUGCAGUCCCUGGGAUUUACACUGAGGAGAAGCUACAACGAGCUUGGCUUGCUCAUUUUGUUUUUGGCCAUGGGCAUUAUGAUCUUUUCAAGCUUAGUGUUUUUUGCGGAAAAAGAUGAGGAUGAUACAAAAUUCAAGAGCAUCCCAGCAUCCUUCUGGUGGGCAACCAUAACUAUGACAACAGUUGGCUAUGGAGACAUCUACCCUAGAACACUCUUAGGUAAGAUUGUUGGUGGGUUAUGCUGUAUUGCUGGCGUCUUAGUGAUCGCUCUCCCUAUCCCAAUCAUUGUAAAUAACUUUUCAGAGUUCUACAAAGAACAGAAGAGGCAGGAAAAAGCCAUCAAGCGCAGAGAAGCUCUUGAAAGAGCAAAAAGAAAUGGGAGCAUUGUAUCCAUGAAUAUGAAGGAUGCUUUUGCCCGUAGUAUAGAACUGAUGGACAUAGUAGUUGAAAAGAAGGGAGAAAAUGAUGGGGAAAAGGAUAAAAUUCAGGACAAUCAUUUAUCCCCAAGCAAAUGGAAAUGGGCCAAGAGAUCUCUCUCUGAAACUAGCUCCAACAAAUCUUUAGAGACAAAGGAACAAGGUUCGCCAGAAAAGGCUCGGUCUUCUUCCAGUCCUCAGCAUCUGAACGUCCAACAACUGGAAGAUAUGUACAACAAAAUGGCAAAAGCUCAGUCACAGCCCAACCUCAAUGUGAAGGAGUCAGGCCACCCCAACAAGCAAAAAGAAGAACUAGAAAUGGAGGCUAUUCCUGGUCCUAUGGUCCCUUUGCUGACCACUCGGGCAGAUGGAAUAAUUGACAUGAGGAGCAUGUCAAGCAUUGACAGUUAUAUAAGCUGUGCUACAGAAUUUCCCGACUCAGGGAGAUACUCCCAUAGCCCACUAACUACACUGCCUAGUAAAGGUGGAAUUAAUCCACUUCAGGAUCCGUAUAGGCCAGAGGGAAGUGGGACAAAAUUCAUGGAGAUAAAACCAAAUCUAGAAAGUGGUCAUUGCUCUACCUUUUUCAUAGAAAGCCCCAAAAGUUCCAUAAAACUCACCAAUCCUCUAAAAUUAAGGUCCCUGAAGGUUAACUUUAUAGAAGAAGAUGCUGUAGGAUCGUCAGCAUCAAACGUCUUAAGAAUAUAUCCAGAUCCCCUCAAGAGCAGGGGACCUACAGGAGCAGCUACAGAUAGCUCCGGACACUCUGAUCGGUCUUUAAUGAGUCCAGAAACCUCUGUCUAUACUACUGCAAGUACUCGAACACCCACAAAAUCUCCUGAAAAGCAGGCAGCAAUAGUUUUCAACUUCCAUGAUGCUGGGGUACAUAAAUAUAUUGAUGCCGACACUGAUGAUGAAGGUCAGUUGCUGUAUGACUCAAGCCCUCCCAAAGCCCCACCAGGAAACACAAGACCCAAAUACAGCAUUUCACAUGGUGGCUAUCUAAGGCAAAGGGAUAGCGUUUAUAGAACAGAGAAGAACCAUUUAGAGACUGCUGCUUUACCCUCCUCACCCAAGCUUAUAGGGCAAAAUUGCCUUUAUUCCAUGGAAAGUAUUACUGGAAGAACCCAUGGUAAUCAGGAAACUAUCAGAUUAGAGAACCACAUUUCACCUGAGGUUCACAUAUUACCAGGUGGAGGAGGACAUGGCAACACACAUGAUCAAAAGAUCUGACAUGUACCCCCCAAACUUUUGUUGAAAGCUGAAAAGGAAUGCCUUUACACUCGACACACAAAGAAGAGCUUCUGCAUGGCAUGAACCUUUGACUGAAACAAGCCACCUGUUUUGUAAAAGCCAAGAGGAUGCCCUCAAGGUGGGCUUAGGGAGAAGUCCACCUCUGGAUCCACUGCAAUGUUGUUGCCCCAAGUCAUCAACUGAAAUGAAGAGUGUGCACCUUGAUCAUAAUUUGAUCUCCUUUCACCUUCCUUCAUUGAAGUCAGUGUGACCAAUAUGCCAUUCACUCCCCACCACCUAUUUUUAAUGGAUCUGUCUGAUAGCAAUGCCAGUAUCUGAUUUACUUAACCCUUUUAAAGGAGGCCAAGGUAGCCAGAGUCAAAUACUGGUGGGAUACAGUAAUACGAAAUGCAACACUUUUUGCAUAGGGGCAACUGUUCCAAACAUUCCCUUCUAUGCCUUCUUCUCUGAAGGAUUCAAGGUCUAAAGGUAACAGGGUGGGUUGCUUAAAUUGCAGAUUCAGUGAACUGAGAAAUAAACUAUUUAAAUUCUCUGUGUGUGCUUAAUACUUAAAGAGUCAUUGAGACCUAAAGUUGUCUUUUUAGAAUAGCAGCAGGGUGAGUUGCACCACUUGUAUUUAAAUCCAAAACACCCCUUCAAAAUUAUGUUUAAAAAUUGCACUUAUUAUUGCUAAUAGUAAUACCAAAUCGGAGAUCAGGAAAGCCGUUUUUAAACUAGGGUUAGAAAGGCAGUUCUUAAACCUGAAGACAAUGGGGAUGUGUGAUGAAGGAGGCUUUAUUCUGUUCUGAUGGGUGAGACAGGGUUCAUUUUGUGUUCUUAGGAGAGAAGAGCAAAGACAGAUCUCAUCCUUUUGUGUGUUGGGGGAAGGUAUCCUUAGUAGGGUACUACCCAAAAUCCAACCCUUGUGCAAACUAAAGGAAAGUGCAAUUCCUGGAGAUUGUGGCCAAAACCGAAAACAUUGUGUCAUUAAGCUGGGAGUCAUCUCCAGCACAAAAUAAGCUAAAGUAAAUCUAGUAUGAUAAGGAAUUAAUGUCAGCUCCCUCAAUCAUUUGCACACACUUUCAUGGCUUACACUCAAUCUGUUCUCCAGCCUAGAAGAAUCUUCCUGCCACGUUUUGCACUUAAAUAGCGCAGAAUGAAAAGAUAUGCAAGUUUUACAUACAUAAAUAUGCAAAAAAAAUCCUAAGCAAUGAGCCUGAUCCUCUUCUCAUUUGGACUGGUGUAAAUAAUAAUAGGCUCCACUGGAGUUUCACACGGGUAAAUGGGAAGAGAAUCAAGUUUCAAAUAUUUUAUUUUUAAACUGGCCAUUUUAAAGAAAACCAUAAAUACCAGCUUGGAUUUAUAACUUAUAUUGGUAUAUUAAAUCUAGUAUCAUUUACUUUUGUUGAUAUUAAAAGCACUUUAUGUUGAUUUUAUGGUUGCUUUUGAUGAAGGUGGGAUAGAGAAGCAGAGAGAAUGUAUUUUUUAAAAACUAGCACUUUAAAACAAGCACUAUCUUGAUUUGUGCCUCGUCACAUCUGUGAUUUGUUACCCAUUUGGUAACGAACUGCGAUAACUGUGAUGAUAAACACUUAAUGUUGUGUCCAUUGUUACUAUAGUAUAUAUGUCAUUGAAACUUUGACUUCUCUUUUGUACUCUUAUACAGGAAACAUUGAUGUGGACACAUGGUCCAGUAUAAGAGAUGAGCAGUAUAAGCAGAAGCCUUAGGUCAUUGCCAUCCAAAAAGAAACACAUGAGAAACAGACAAGCUCAUCUAAACUUUAGAGCAAACUGGUAAAACUAGUAUAGGAAAAUGUUGUUUUCUCAUUUUGCCCUACAAUAAUAGGAGUAUCAUUCAGUUUUUCUAGGAAGAGACCAACAAAGGUGCAUUUAAAUUUAAAGCAGCUACCUAAUGUAUAAAUAAAGCAAAGCUUCAUGAGCAACUCUUCGAAAAAAUAAACAAGUGGGGAAAGUGGAUUAUAUACAAAAUUUUCACUUGGCCAUUUUAAAGAAGUGAGGAUUAAAGAACUGGGAAUGAUGACGUUUGGCUUUUUGUCCAAUACAUCAGAUUAAGGGUGCUCCCAGAUGGAUGCUCAUUGUGGGAUGGAUGUUCCUCAUGCAUGCAAUUUUUUUGCAGCAUCCACAUGACAUCGUUGGCAUCAAAAUGCCAGCCUGUAUCCCUCUCCCAUAUAUUAAUCCCAAUUUAUCCUUUCAGGGGAAAAUCUUGUGUUUAAAAACCUGUUUGCAGUAUCUGAAUGAUCCCUUUACAAUAUUAAACUUCCAUCUGGAAGCACCCAAACCUUUUUAACCAUGAGUGUUAUAAGUGGAGUGGAUUGCACCUACUGUGAUAUGUAACUACUUGCAUGCAAUAGGCUUGGGGUCUUAAUUCUGAAAUGCAACUCUGUAAGUAAUAUAUUGCAUCCAAAAAAACCCACAACUACCCACCAUCUGAGUAGAAACAUUUUGUCAAGUAGCUAGCUACCUUUCUAAUGUCAAACAGCUGUUGGCUGGUCCUGAUCGUCAUUCUUCUCCGUUCAAGCUGUACUGUACUCCUGCCUCUCUUGCAUGCAGCAUGGACGGACAAAAGCAAUAAGCACAUGUUAAUCUUAGAAAAUUGUUGUGGGUUGUAAUUAUCGCUUUGUUAAGUUAGCCCUUUGGCUGCACAGUAUUCUGUGUAGGUAUGGAUAUUUUGCACAUUUGCACAAUUAUUCAGCAAUCCAGUAAUAUUGGGAUGUUUUCCACUAACAUGGGUAUAGAGAGAGGUCACCACAUCAAGAUAUGAAUAAAAUCAAAUUGUGGACAGUUUAGGCCAGUAAAUGUGGUUCAGCAAGAAGUUGUACAGUCCAUAACCAAAAAUGUGCCUCUGUAUACAAAAGUCUCGACAAGGAAGCAUUAUUUUAAAUGAACCAUUCUUCAAAGUUAGUGAUCAGGCUUUGUCCAUUCAAAAUUUGUAUUAAGGAUGAGUCCCACAGUAAUUAAUAUAUGUAAUUAGGAGAGCUAAUUUGUAACAAUCAAAUAGGUAUUAGGAACUAAUGAUAUACCAAAUGAGGUUUAAGCAUAUUAUUGUAGAGAUUCAUUCUUAAUCAAACUGGCUAUGAAGUGAGUUCUACUGAACUCAGAGGGCUUAUUUCAUGCUUCAGGCUCUAGACAUUAUUAUUUUAGGGAAGAAAACCAAUUGCACUGGCAAAAUUCACAUGGAGUUUAAGGGCAGAAGGGUUCAAUUGUUUCAAGAUUGGGAUUGACAAGGAGGCAAGUGUUGUGGCUUGACCCAGAAAAGGCCUGCUUAUGUGCUUAAGUUCCACACUGAAGCAAAGACACGUGAAAUUGAUCAUUUGCAGGUCAAACCCCUAAAUUGUUUGUGUUGCAAGUCUGUCAUGUCCAUCAUCAGCACAAAUG